AUGGCGCGCGGCGGCCUCGCCCACCUGCUCGCCACGCUCCUCCUCUUCGUCCUGCUCGCCACGUCUCUCGCCGUCGGAGCUUCCGAGGCAGAGGCGGACCUCACGCCGGCGGCGCUAGCGCAGGGCGUGUCCGAGGCGGCGGCGGCGGAGCCGGACGCGGAUGCACAGCAGCACCUCCUGCCGCGGCCGCUCGUCAUCGAGCUCCCGUCAGCGCGGGCCGCGGAGGAGCCCGACCCCGAUGCCGACGUCGACGACGUGCCGACGGACGUGCGCUGCGCCAGCUGGCGGCUGGCGGCGGAGGCCAACAACCUCGCGCCGUGGAAGGCGGUGCCGCCGGAGUGCGCGCAGCACGUGCGGGGCUACGUCACCAGCGCCGCCUACCGCUCCGACCUCGAGCUCGUGGCGCGGGAGUCCGCCGCCUACGCGCGCGCGGCCUUGCCGCUCGGCGACGACGGACGCGACGCCUGGGUGUUCGACGUGGACGAGACGCUCCUCUCCAACCUCCCGUACUACGCCGAGCACGGCUACGGGGCCGAGUUGUUCGACCACCACAAGUUUGACGAGUGGGUGGAGAGGGGCGAGGCGGCUGCCAUCCCUUCCAGCUUGAAGCUGUACAAUGAGGUUCGCGAGCUGGGGUUCAAGACCUUCCUGCUCACGGGAAGAAGCGAGGGCCACCGAGGCGUCACGGUGGAGAACCUCAACAAGCAGGGGUUCCAUGACUGGGAAAAGCUUAUACUCAGGGCAGCAGGUGACCGCAAGAAAACCGCGACAGUCUACAAAUCAGAAAAGAGGAAAGAAAUGGAAGAAGAGGGUUACAGGAUCCUAGGCAACUCCGGCGACCAAUGGAGCGACCUGCUGGGAUCUUCCAUGAGUGCUCGUUCUUUCAAGCUCCCUAAUCCAAUGUACUAUAUCCCAUGA